UCCAUCCAUUUUUUACUGUGUGUGUGUGUUUCCAGGGGGGCUGUGCCAUCUGCAGGCUCAGUAUACGCACACGCACAACUUAGUUUUGAUAACAAAACAGCACCGCCGCGCUUCGGAUUCCUCCCGAGCACUUCUCUUCGGAUCUUGUUCCCCUUCCUUUGUGCUCUAAAUACCUCUCCACACUCUGUCCGAAAGCUCCGGGACAUGUCGAGAGGCGGAGGCGUCUCUUAUUCCGCCCGAAGCCUCCCCAAGUUGGGACCCCGCUGACGCGCUAUGACAUGAAGCAAGAACACACUUGUGGACGUCACUGAAGUUUCCAGGAGGCCUUUUCUUUAUUGCAUUUUUCUACUGAACCGAACACACCACCUUGCCGAAGGCAUCGCAGUGGGCUGGCCUGCUGUUAGACUUCCCUUUGCCGCCUGUGAAACACUACUGCCAUCAUGCAGACCUCAUCGCUCCGUCGCCAGAUGAAAAACAUGGUCAACAACUACACAGAGGCCGAGAUCAAGGUCCGGGAGGCCACCUCCAACGACCACUGGGGACCCCCCAGCUCGCUCAUGUCUGAAAUUGCAGACCUGACCUUCAACGCUGUGGCUUUCACCGAGGUCAUGGGCAUGAUCUGGAAGAGGCUCAACGAUCACGGAAAAAACUGGAGGCACGUUUACAAGGCGCUCACCCUGCUGGACUAUUUGAUCAAAACGGGAUCUGAGCGAGUGGCCCAGGAGUGCCGGGAGAACAUAUACACCAUUCAGACACUGAGAGACUUCCAGUACAUAGAUCGAGACGGACGUGACCAGGGUGUCAACGUCCGAGAGAAGGCGAAACAAUUGGUGGCUCUGUUGAGGGAUGAGGAGAAGCUGAAAAAGGAGAGGAGCCAGGCACUGAAGACCAAGACGCGCAUGGCGGGGGUCACCAGUAGCUUAGGCCCUGGAUCCAUGCCUCCUCCGUACCCGGGACGCCACACGGCCAGUUCGGCUGGGAUGUACGGGGAUGAUUUCAGCAGGUGCAGAGGUUCACCAGCCUCUUUCCACUCCUCCUCUUCCUCUCCUCCACUUGCCCCAGACCUGGAACAAGCAAGACCAGCGACCAGUGGAGAAGAGGAGUUGCAGCUGCAGCUGGCCCUGGCUAUGAGCCGAGAAGAAAGUGAAAAGCCACCUCCCACAGUGGAUAUUGAUGAGCAGACCCAGCUCCAGAUCGCUAUGAGUCUCAGCAAGGAGGAGGCCCAGAAGCCAGUCCAACAUCCACCUGCUGCCACCGUGGACAUGGACGAGGAAACCCAGCUCCAGCUAGCCCUGAGCCUGAGCAAGGAGGAACACCAGCAGGAGCAACUGAGUCGCCAAGGAGAUGAGUCGCUGCUCCAGAAAGCUCUGGAGGAAAGCAAACGAGAAAUGGAGUCUAAAGGCGGGACGGCCUUUAUGGACCUGGUAGAUGUUUUUGCAGUACCCACAGAUCCGCCACCUAGUGACCAACGCUGGAAUAACGCCCCACACCAGGCUGCUGCUGCUGGUGCUGGGGGCACCGACCCCUGGGACUCCCUGGAAGGUAGCACCAACAUCCCAAGAGCAGAUUCUCCCUGGAUGGUGCCUCCAACUUCCAACAGCCCUCCUCCACCAUGGGAGCCUCCAGCUAUCCCUUGGGAUGGACAACAAAACAAUGUCCCCAACCUCAGCGCUGGAGGCAAAGUGUGGGCUUUUCCUGCAAACACAGCCUCCACAGGAGUUGAUCCAUUCUCAGCCCCAUCAGAAAGAACAGCACCCAAGGGAGCAGACGGUGAACCUUCUCCCCGAGCUGGAAGCCCCUCAGAUGGUGACUUGUUUAAUGAUGCCAUGGAUGGCGGUGAGGUUAAUGUCAACGGGCGAGGGGGUGGCAGCCCCGAGCUCUUCGACAUGUCCCGUCUCGGAGAAAGCCUGGCUGCGCCCAGCCCUCGUACAUGCCGGACACCUGAGUCCUUCCUGGGCCCCACAGCAGCUUCUUUGGUGAAUUUGGACACCUUGAUCCCAGCAAACCCCCCAACAAAGACCAAGAACCCCUUUUUAUCAGGCCUGAGUGCUCCUUCAGCCACUAAUCCAUUCCAACCCGAGCAGCCAAAACUAAGUCUGAAUCAGAUGAGCUCCACCUCUGCGGCUCCCCAUUCCACUCUUCCAUACAGUGCCUCUUUGCCCCUGCCUACAAGCCAUCAGGGGGCGUCCCUCCCUUCAUCACUCACUCACCCCACCCAGCCUGGUCUGGACCUGCCAGGAAACCUCCCUGAGCCCUUGUUGCCGUUUUCCUCGGGCAGUAUUCAGGGCUCACAGUCUGCACAGAGCAGUCAGAACCCUUUCUUAUGAGGACCAACUAAACUGGAGAAAAAUAUUGUAGAAAAAGGGGGGAUAUCAGUAGGUUAUGCUCUUGAAAUAUCAUUCUAACUGCAGACAAAACUGCAGCCCAGAGGACUUGUAAUAAAAAUCUAUUCUUAGUUGUUUUUAUAUUGCUGUAUAGCACAGUAACCCUUAGAUUGAUGCAAGAUGGUUCUGCCCUCCACUGCAACCACAUAUCCUUCUCCUCUUUUAAAUAAUGCGAUAACAGGGCAUAAAAGAAAUAACACAUUUUUAUCAGAGGCUAGUAGUGUCAUGUACAACUUCCUUAAGGUCAUAACCUGUUGCUUACUGACAAACUACACAAAAAGCACAUAUUUGUAAUGAUUUGUUGUCACUGAACUGAGCUGGAAAUGCCAGGUAAAUGGGUGAUGGAUUUGACCACUGCAUUUUCUGACUCCUUGAAAGACAGAUUUCUGAGAGGCGACCUGUCCAGUGAAUGCGGCAUUCCUGCAUCAACACAGUUAACUAUGUGGAGCUUCUGUUGGACCAGAACUGAUGAUAAAUAUUGGUGUACACAUAAUUUUUACUGUAGUGACAAAAAUUGCUCAAUGAAAUCAUAGUUUGGGAGGGCUGUAAGCACUUUGGAAUUCAUGGUAAGCAAGGCAGCAUUUAAAAAUGUAUGAAUCCGAUUUUUAUUCAUUGCUUGUGAACCACUGACUCAUCAAAUAUAAGGGUAUAAUUACAA